GGCCACGGGGUGACGAAUAUGGCGCGGCAAGGUCCAAGGACGGAUGGACGCCUUACGGCAUACUUGUACAUGGGUUGGGAGCCCGGAGCCGCACCUCGAAUGAGCCCGAAGUCUUUCGAUUUUCAGUUAUCGCCGCCCUUCGGCAUCCGUCUCGGACUUGGCAACACCGCACCGCAGCAUGUCACCGUCCUCCCCCGAAGAUGGCCCGUCUGAACCACCAUCCGGUGCCGCCACCUCCUCCACCGCUGCCGCCCACGAGCCGCUGGCUUGUGUAAGUUGCCGCAGCCGCAAACUCAAGUGCGACCGCCAUAAACCAGUUUGCGCCCGGUGCGCCAAAGCCGGUGGCGAAUGUGUUUAUCCUGAAUCCCGUAGGAAGCCGGCCUUCAAGCGGAGAAACGUGAGAGAGCUCGAGGAUAGGCUUGCCCAGGUGGAAGGCCUGCUUAGAACUGUUGGCAGGCAACGGGUUGGCCCGUCGGCUGGGUCCGAUGGCGCCUGGACAGAGGGCUCGUCACCUACUGCGCCUGGGGGCGAUCCCUCUCGGCCAGAGAAGCCCCCGCAGGGCAGCCCCCGCGACAAGGCGACGCCUCAGAAGCCGCUGUCGCCGACUGAGAGGCCCCCAAGCCGAGACAAUUCCUCUUCCGGCGAACUAUUGGGCCUCGGCCAGUUCGAGAGUUUACCCCCUUUCGAGAUGAUCGAGGAGCUUCAUGCCGCAUUCUUCGCCACCCAGCAGCAUUUCCUGCCCAUCAUACACCCGGGCAACUACUUGCGGGCUUUUCACUCCCCUCCCCAUAUGCGCCCGCCCAUGGCUCUUCAGUACGCCAUGUGGACUUCGGCUUCCAAUGGACACCCCAAGUAUGGAUGCUACCACGAUGCCCUCUACCGCCGUGCUCGCCAGUAUCUGGAAGCCGACGAGCUGAAGGGACACGGGGAGCACUUCAUAACGAUCCCCCAUGCUCAGGCUUGGGCGUUAAUCGCGACUGACGAAGCCCGUUGCUUGCUGUUCACCAGGGCAUCUAUGAGCUCUGCGAGGUCGGUUCGGUUAGCCGGCAUGAUGGGGCUUCAUCGGCUCGACUCUCCCUACACCGACGCGGAGCUUCCCAUGGCUCCCAUGAUUGCCCCGCCCCGGGACUGGGCUGAACUCGAGGAGCGCCGGCGUUUGUUUUGGGGUGGGUUUUGUGUCGACAGUUACGCAAGCAUCAGCGCAGGAUGGCCCACCCUAAUCGAUGUCGAACAGAUCACCACGCACUUGCCCGUGUCGGAGGAUGCAUUCACCAGCAGCACCGAGGAAAGGAGCUUCACGCUCCGGGACGCAUUCCGUGGCUCGAACUACUCGAUAUUUGCCGGCAACGUGAUUAUCUGUCAUGUCUUCACCAAGCUCUUGAAGCAUGCGCACCGGCCGCUGCCCGACGAUCUUCCACAAGACCCGGAAUUCGGACCCUUCUGGAAGCGCCACAGGGAGCUCGACAACAUGUUGUCCGACGGCUUCCUGUUCUUGCCCGAGCGCUUUCGCCUUCCGCAGAACAUGCACAAUCCCACUGCCGUGCAGGCCAAUCUGAACUUGCAUGCCGCCGUCAUCUGCCUCCAUAUUGCCGCGCGCGAUAAGGCGGACCAGUUCAAGCUGGCCGGCAUACGGCAGACCAGCCGGACCAGGCUGUUGACAGCCGCACAGGAAAUCAUCGACAUACUCAAGGCGUCCAAUGAUGUGACAGCCGGAUACAGAGGUCCUUUGAUGGCUCUCUCCCUGUAUUUUGCCGCCUCGGUGUACAUCGCGCAGGCAAAAGAUAACAUGCAAGAUUUCAACCAGGCCAAUUUGGAGUACCUCGUCCAGUGUAUGAAUUCCACUGCGCGCCAGCAUAUCAUCACCCACGCCUACCUACAGCAACUCUUGCUCGAUAUCGAACGGAAUGGCAUCCCCAUGUCGGUGGAUCAUCUGCGGAGUCCUGAUUACACUGAUAAAGCGUGCGAUCAUGCUGUCCCUCUCAUCGCUCAAAUGCGUCACACCAAGGUGCAGUCGCCGCUCCCGGGUCGCCUUCCCCUGAACGCGCCGCUAGGCGCCAUUUUAAACCCCGCCGUUGUCAGAUUCAAUCCAUGCGCCGCUCCCAACUUUACCGAGUCAUAUCCCACGUCCCACGACAUCGAAGAGCCCGCCAGCAAGCGGAUGCGUACCUCGGCCGGGCCAGGUGCAGGGCCGCGUAUCAGCAUGCCCACGAUUUGGUCGGCGGACGGAAACGACCCCCUCAUGGACCCAGCGCCCGACCUGUUCGAGUACACUGGCGGCGGCUGGUCAUACAAGACCAAGUACAUGACCAACCCCAUCACGACCCUCCCCCACCGGAUCCACCGCAUGACGGCGCCCCACAGUCAACCUCUCUGCCCGGGCUUCGCCAUGCCCGACCCAGCCGCCAACCCGUCCCCGGCGUUCCCCCACAUCUCCCCGGAAGUGAUGGUAUCCGCCGCAGACUUCGGCUUCAGCAUCGACGACACCUCCCCUACCACCACCACCACCACCACCGCCACCGCCACAGGCGACAACACAAACACAAACCCAAACCCAAACCCAAACACACAAACACCCAUUCCCCACGACGGCCCCGACCUCGGCGACCUCGGCAUCUUUGACCUCGACCAGCCGUGGUCCGUCACCGAGUCGCUGUACGCCCUGCUGGACAUGACCGCCGGCGAGGGCGACGACGGCGGCAGCAGCAGCGGCGGCAUGGACGCCUGGGCGGCGGCACUGAACAGCGCUGGCGCCGGCGGGGGCGGAAGCAGCGGUUCCGCUGGCGGAGGCGGAGGCGGAGGCGGAGGAGGUGGGGCUUGGGAUGCCGGCGGGGGUGGCCGUCGGUCGGGGAGUGGUUGAUUCAGUCCCGUUCAUCCCUGGUUUUGGUCUCGGACUGGGUGGGUAGGUUUUGGUGUUUGGGUGCGGUGCUAAUGAGUUAAUGACAUCCCUCCCCCCCUCCUCCCUCCCCUAUUGUAUUGGAUUGUACUGUACUGUACUGUAUUAUUUUGUGGUGUGUUUGUACAACAUCAUGGCGUUUGGAUCGGAUGGGAUAUACCAUGGGAAAUCUGUAUUGCAUUGGACGGUUUCAGGUUCGGAUUGGUUUGGUUCGGAUUGGUUUGGUUCGGAUUGGUUUGGUUCGGAU